AUGAGCUACGAUGCUAAACUUAAUCAUAUAGCUGCGUUGAAUGACCUGCGCGACGCUGUCUGGAUGAACCCUGACGCUCUUCUGGGCUCAGGGGUCGUCAAUGUCGCUGGUGGAACACACGAAUACAAGUACCUCGACCUGCGUGCCCAUCGCACGCCUGUCUGUCCAACAGUUGGGUCUCUCCCUUGA